AUGCCCGGGGCGGGGCGCGGGGCAGGAGCGCCGAGCCGGCGCGGGGGACCGCGGUGCAGAGUCCGCGGGUCUGCCCGCCAGCCCGGCUGGAGGCAGCCGAGGCCGCUCGGGCGGCGGCCCCGGGACCCGGAGCGCAGCGUGCGAAGGAGACAGAUCAACGGCACGGCCGGAGCCAGACCGAAGCUUGGGGCUGCAGCUCCGUCACGCGGGCCGUUGGGCGGUGCUGAAGAGCCAGCCUGGUUCCAGGGGCUUCGAAAGGGCUCGUCCCCGAGGACCAGCCCUCAGCCCUCAGCCCUCAGCUGCCCGCAGGAUGGGCACCAAGGGACUGGGUGCCCGGCCAUGAGGGAUUACCGCCCCUCUCCGCUGAAGGCCAGCGUGGUUGCACCUGGGCACAGCCCUGCUCACAGCCUUGGCAUGGACUCCAGACACAGCAGCCCCAGUGGGGCCGGGGGAGGGGCCUCCUGCUCUGAUGGUCCUGGCGGGAGCUUGGCCUGCCCACCCCUGACCUGCGUUCCUCCCCAGGAGGCAGCCACCGAGGAGACAGUGGGGACACAUGGAGCCUCGAUCUCUGGGACACCAGAAGUCACCUUCUCUGGAAAGCCAGAGCCUGUGUCCUCAGUGAAAACUGACCCCUCACCCUUGGAGGACAGAAAUCCUAUGUUUUCGGAGAAGAUGGACUCCAAGUCUUCAGAGCAGGCAGAUUCUACUUCCACAGGACAGGAAGAUGCCGGGCCCUUGAGAAAGGCAGGCCCCAUGUGCAUGGGAAAGGCGGAGCCUGCAGUCCUGGGGAAGGGGGAUCCUGUGGCUUCUGGAAGAAUGGAUCCUGGGGCCCCAAGACAGGAGGGUCCUGGAUCCUGGGGAGGGGCAGACCCUGCGUGCUUGAGCAAGGUGGACCAAGCAUCGCCGAGGAGCGGGGAUCCCACACCCUCAGCCACAGUGGACUCUGCGUGCCCGAGACAGGAGGAACCCAGGGAUUCGGGACAAAAGCUUCCUGGGUCCUCAGAAGAAGCGGGUGCUGCACCUGCAGGCAAGGUGGAUCUUGGGUCCUUGGGAAAGAGAGACCCCGGACCCUCAGGAAAGGUGCAUCCCAGGUCCUCGGAAAACACCGAGUCUGCACCUGCAGACAAGGCAGGUCCUGGGUCUGCUGGAAAGCUAACUCCAGGGUCAUCAGGCAAAAUCGAGCCUGCAUCCCCCGGAACAGUGGCUCUGGAGCCGGCAGCGGGGGGCCGACUCCUGGAGAAGACAGGCCCUGUGCCUGCGGGAAAUGUGAAAACUGCAUCCCCUGCCAAAGAGGACCCUCCGCCCCUGGGAGUGAUGGACGCUGCUGCCUCAGGAAAGGCAGACCCUGUGUCUGAGGGAAUGACCAAAACCGGGUCUGCUGGACAGGCGGCGGCUGUGUCUUUAAGCGAGGUGGGUCCAGUCUCUCUGGGAAAGGUGGACCCCGCGUCCUCGGGAAAGCCAGAGCCCUGGUCUCCUGGGCAGGCCAAACCGAUGUCUGUGGGAGGGACAGAAACUGUGUCCACGGGGAAGGGGCACCCAGGCUCCUCCAGAAAGGCGGGCCCCAUCAGUGCUGUGGGAAGUAUAAAAACACCGUGUUCUGGAAAAGUGAAUCCUGAAUCUUCAGGGAAGAUAGACCCUGUGGCCUCAGUUCCAGGGGACCCCAAGCUCCUGGGAACAGUGGGACCCUCGUCCUCUGUAGAAGCCGAGGCAGCAACUGGGGGGAAAGCAGCUCUGCUGUCCUCAGAAAAGGCAGGUCCUGUGACCUCUGGGAAGCUGAGUCCCACGGGCUCAGGGAAGGCCGAUCCCCCCGCCUGGGGCAAGGUGGACCCCGUGAGCCGGGGGAAGGCAGAAAUCCUGCCCCCAGGAAAGGCGACAGACUCUGUGUCUUCAGGAGAGGUGGCCCCCCCAACUCUAGGGAAAACAGUCCUCGAACCCUCGGGAAAAGCAGGAGCUGUCCCAGAGGAAAAAGUGGGUCCCCUGCCUCCAGAGAAGGGGGACCCUGAGAACUCCACGAAGGUGGACCCCAGGGCCUCGGGGAACGCAGAACCCAAGUCCCAGGGCAAAGCAGUGACAAAGCCCCCUGAGCAGGAGGGUCCCAAUUCAACAGGAAAAGCAGAGGCUGCGACUCAUCAAGAGAAGCCCCUGGCCUUGGAGAAGGGGGAUCCUGGACCCUCAGGAACAGCAGACUCUGUUGCCUCUGGGAAGGUGGAGCCUGUAGCCCUGGGGAAGUCCGACUCUGCACCACCUGGGGGAAAAGUGGAGCCCACUUCCUUGGGGAAUGUGGCCCCCUUAACUCUAGAUGGGGCAGAGGCCUCUCUCCCCUGGCAGUCAGAUAGUAAAGCUUGCGGCUCCGCCUAUUCUCCCUCGGGUGCUAGCAGCGGUGGGGACUGCGUAGAACCCGCGCCAGCGACAAGCACAGAGGCCCGCAGUCUGGGGCAGAAAGAACCCGUCGCCGCUGGGGCCCAGGGAAGCCCCGGCCCGGAGACUGAAGCGCCCCCACCUGGGCCGCGAACUCGUGACAACUUCACUAAGGCGCCGUCGUGGGAUGCCAGCGCCCCGCCGCCACGCGAGGACGCGGGCACUCAGGCGGGCGCUCAGCCCUGCGUGUCAGUGGCUGUGAGCCCCAUGUCUCCGCAGGAAGGUUCGGGCGGCCCGGCCUUCAGCUUCCAGCCGGCGCCGCGCGAGCCCAGCCCCGCGCCUAGGCAGCCGUCGCGCCGAGACGCGGGCCUGCAGGUGUCGAUGGGGGCCGCGGAGACGCGCUCUGUGGCCACCGGGCCCAUGACGCCGCAGGCCGCAGUGCCUCCCGCCCCGCCGCCCGCCUUCCCCGAGGUGCGGGUGCGGCCCGGCUCGGUGCUGGCUGCCGCAGUGGCGCCCCCGGAGGCGGCCGAGCCCGUUCGCGAUGUGAGCUGGGACGAAAAGGGCAUGACGUGGGAGGUGUACGGCGCCGCCAUGGAGGUGGAGGUGCUGGGGAUGGCCAUCCAGAAACAUCUGGAGCGACAGAUCGAGGAGCACGGCCGCCAAGGGGCACCCGCGCCGCCGCCCGCCGCCCGCCCGGGCCCGGGCCCGGGCCGUGCAGGCUCAGUGCGCACCGCGCCCCCGGAGGGCAACGCCAAGCGCCCGCCUGGCCUGUUCCGCGCGUUGCUGCAGAGCGUGCGCCGGCCGCGGUGCUGCUCCCGGGCGGGACCCACGGCUGAGUGA